AUGAGUUAUGAUGAUAUUUCUACUUGUUAAAAUUAAUGUCAAAAAUAUGAAGUUAUUGAUAGCGAAGGCAAAAGAUGCAUCAAAUGCAAGGUCAACGGAUGCGUCUAGUGCACCUCUUAAUAAAUUUGUCUGGCCUGUGAUCAGAAUUUAGUGCUUGAUAAAUAUAACAAUCAGUGCAAUGCUAAAAAAGGUGUUUGCGAAUCUGAUUUAUAAUUUCUUAAUCCACCUUUCGAAAGUAGAAAAUGCACGAAUAACUGUCAAUAAUCUUAUUAUUAGAAUUAUAGUAGCUAGAUUUGUGAAUAUACUCAGGAAUGCCCACAAAUUCAGUAAUUAUCUAGCUUUGUUAUGAAUACAUUUGUGAAUGGUAUUGCAAUAUUUAAAGAGAAUUAAUACAUAGUUAUAAGUGGAAGUUCUUGCAGUUUCGCUGUUGUGGAUUAAAACUGGAAUAUUAUAACUAUAUAAACUUUACAAGAGAUAAACGCAUAUUCAUUCUUUGAUAGAUAAGAUGAGACCUAUAUAUCCACUUUUUUUUCAGGAAUUUAUGGUGGAAUUCUCCAGGGAUAAAGGUUUAAUGUUAUGAAUUUUGAGACUCUACAAAUAGAAUUCGAUGAAUAAAAUUUGGGAUAAGAAUAUAAUAUUAGUUAUGUAGAUGAUGUUUUUUAGCUCGUUUUCAUGACUAAUUUUUAAGAAUCAGAUUUAAAAUGGUAUGACAUAUAAAAUAAAAAAAUUAAUACAAUUUAACUAUAAAUCAGAGAAAUAAUUCAAUUAAAAAUAUUAAGCAGAUAUUAUUUUCAGUCUAAGCUAGUUAAUUAACUAUUUGUAGGAACACUUCAAUAGGACUUUUCUAUUUCACUUAGAUAGUCAAAAAAAUCUUUCAGUGAUAUUCCUGAAAAUAUAUUGCUGCAAAAAGAUAAUUAUAUUAUAUCAUCAAAAAUUCAUGAAAUUAGUGUAAAUUUUAAAUAAAUAAACAAGAAAUACCCAAAAUAUGAAGUAAUUGGUUUUAUGGUAUAGUAAGAUGAAAUAUAGAUUUUAUUAAGAAUAUCAAUACAAUACGCUUUUAACUUUGGAAUUUAUAAUGAUUGUGUACGAGUUAAAUACAAUUUAAUCAAAAAUGAUUUCUUAUUCGAAUUUCUUAAUCCAUAUUAAUCUUUAAGCUAAAGUUCUUAUAAGCAAGUAAAAUAUAAUUUACUAACUGAAUAACCUCUAAAAAAAUCCAAGAAUUUUGACAACGAUUUAAUAAUCUUUUUUAGUGUAAGGCAUACAACAGGAAAUUAAUCGUAGCUAUUAUGGUAGGUCUAAUACUUAGCAAAUCAAAGAAUAUUUGCUAAUUUGACUAACAUAUAGGGCAGUUUUAUCGUUGUACAAGAUAAUUUUUUAGUGAUUCUCAACCUUCAGGAUUAGUCACUUUACUAGCUUGAUUUAGUAACAGCUAGUUUAACUUAGAUUUUUAGCUUUUCUCCUUCUUAAAAUUUUGAAAAUUUUAUGUUUAUUGAUAGAGAUAAAAAAUUACCUGUAAUUUUUGAUGGAGAUCUUAUUUAUUUGAAAUCAGCUGGCAAUUUAUUUUAACCAUUUUCAAUAAGCAGUAGAACACUUAAAUACUAGUUAGUUAAUUUAGGUAUAUUUUAUACAAACUUUUUUUUGACUUCAUAAAUAACUAAAGAGAUAUUUGCUAUUGGAUUUAAUGAUAUUUUAGCUUAUUCAUUUGACCUAUAAAAUUUUGAUAGAGUUUAAUCUGGAUUCUUCAUAACAGAUUUUUUCUAUGAUGAUAAAUCAAUAUACUUUUGUGAAUUUGACAUUUUUUAUAAAUUUGAUCUACUUACAAAACAAUUAUUAAAUUUAACAACUACAAGUACAUCUAUAAAAAAUUAACCAAUUGAUUAAAAAAUUAAUUAUUAUCGUUUAGAUGAUACGCGAUACUACAAGAAAUCAGAAAAUGUCAUAGAUAGUUAAAAUAUGAUAAUAAUUAAAACAUAACAAGUUGAUAACAUAUAUAUAGGGUAAACUUAAUAUGAUGAUUCUUAAAUUCACUUCUUCUAAUCAUAAAAUGAAUUCUAUUGGCAUAAAAAUUUAUUUAAUAGUCCUUAUCAUAUUUUAUAUUUAAUUCCUUAGAGUUAGAUAUUUCUUGCAUAAUAAUUUGAUAAUGAUUAAAACUGGAUUGCAAUUUAUGAUAAGAGCUCUAAUUAAAUUACUAUUUACAAUUCAACAGAUGUUUUUAAAGUUAUCAAUUUGAAUUUCUAGCUUUGGUCAGACAUAAAGUAUGCUAGUAGCAAAAUAUUAUAGUUACAUUAACCAGCUAAAAUACCAUCUACUCUAUAAACAUGUUAGAUUUUAGUUAAAUUUAAAUAAAUUUGA